UGCAAAAUCAAUUAACCAAGUUUUUACCAAGUGACAAAAGUGUUGUGAGAAUUAUGUUACCAUCGUCCUGCUAUACAAAUGUUUCAACGCUGACAACGUCCGACAAUGAGGAACUGGUCAAUACCCUGUUGGCCAGUCCCGAAUUGUUGCGUCAGGCAGCCAAUGGCAGUGGCAAUGGCAAUACGGUCAAUCCAUUGGCCACGAAUACCGCCGGAAUCGGUUUAGCGGAUAAUCUAAUGCAAUGCAAUGGAGCGUUCCCGUCAGCCUUUUAUUACCAGGGCCUUGGCAUGGAUAGUUUCCUGGCCCUGCAUAACAAUAUCUGGACAUUGCCCAUAUCCUUUCUACACAAUUCACAUCGGCCGGAAAAGCCACCAUUCUCCUAUAUAGCCUUGAUAGCCAUGGCCAUAAGCAGUGCUCCCAAUCAGCGGCUAACAUUGAGUGGCAUCUACAAGUUCAUCAUGGAUAAAUUUCCCUACUAUCGCGAGAAUAAGCAAGGCUGGCAGAAUUCCAUACGACACAAUCUAUCCUUGAACGAUUGCUUUGUGAAGGUGGCCAGGGACAAGAAUACAAUUGAUGACAACGACAGUGCGGGCAAGGGAAGCUAUUGGAUGCUAGAUUCAUCCGCAUCCGAUAUGUUCGAGCAGGGUAACUACCGACGGCGACGUACACGUCGGCAAAGGCAUUCCGCCAAUUCCAAUCGCUAUGACCGGGAGACGGGCAGGGAUGUUGGCAGUGGCAACGACGGCGAGGUGAGAUCCCCCAGUGAGUCUCUUGCCGAUUUCGAUCUAUUCUGCAAUGAGAGGCCCAAUUAUUCGGAUCGUAUAACGGAUUUGCAUCGUCAAUACUUGUCCGUUUCCUUUGGCUUUAACAAUUUGUUUAACAAUGAAACGCGCAGAAUGCCCAGAGAUUCCAGCGACAUGCGAGACAGCUCGUCGGCGGAGAGUCCCAGCUCUAGCUCCGGAAAGACAAUAACAACAACAGGAGCAGCAGCAGCAACAUCAGCAGCAUCGAGCACUAUGGAAAGUGCCUCAUUAUACGAUGAACUACAUUCCCCCAGCGCUUUCACGCCGCCGCCUCUACACCAUCGGCGUGAUCCAGCCAAUUUUGUUGGUGUUGGCCUAGCCCCAGUAGUACUAAGUGAUGCAUUUAAAGGACUGCAGGACUUCCUGGUUGAUGCCUCCGAGACAAGGCCAAUUGCGCCAGCAUCGUCAUCAUCACCAAACUCAUCAGCAACCUCAAACAAUCGAACAAAGACUACGCUAUUUACCAUCGAGAAUAUUAUCGGGAAGCAAUAAAAAUGAGAUAAAUAACCCAGAUGGAUAUAGCUUAAACUUACGUAUAUGUAGAUAUAAGUUUGUUCAAUAUCCCAAGACUAAAUUUAAGCGACAGAUGACUUCAAUUUAAAUUUGAUCAAAAAAACAAUACAAGAACCAAAAAGGAUGUGUGGGCAAUUCAUCGGUAUCUCAAACUUUCUCACCCACUCAGGAUUUAAAAGAAAGAAACCUUGAUGAGUCCCUCUAUUGAGCGAGUGGUUGAUUAACAGACGAUUAUUUGAUUCAAAAUUGAUUGAAAGAAGACUCAAAAAUGAAGCUUUCCCAGGUUAAUGAAGUGUAUGAUUGAAAAUAUGAAUCAAAGUUAAAUAGUCAGCUCGUCAAGUCCUUGUGCCUAUGAUCAGGUCUCAUUUAGAACUCUUUUAAUAAGAAAGAGCAUUCAAAAAUGACUCAUAUUUGAUCA